UCCCGGCGGGGCUGCUGAGCAGACACGCGGCAAUGGCACGCAGACAAGGAGCCUAGGAGGUCAGGCUGGCAGUAAGAGAAAAGGGGUAAAGGUUCCAGGGAAGGUCCUCGCGCCCUGGCCCAGUGAACCCCCUUCCACAGGCAAGGUCCUACAGAAUUAUGGUCUUGGGCUCCCCUGUGACUGUGGGCAAGGCAGCUCUUCUAAACGCAGAUGCUGUCAGGAGUGAUUACACCUCCCCCAUUUCUGUGAAGAGUUCUUCUUGCUUCCCUCUUCUCUGGAAUUAAGGAAUCACACCAUGCCUGCCUCUGCACCUGGCCACGGUAGGAAGAUGGGUGCACUCGCUCUGGGACUCCAGCUGGGCUGCUGUCUGGUGCUGAUCUUCGCCUGUGCCCCAGUGCUGGGCCGCACACCCCGUGGCCAGCAGAACCAGCAGGAACACGAGGCGACUCCGGGAGAUAGCAAGGCUGAGGGGACCAAGGAGCCACCGCCACCACGGGGCCACCCUGAGAGGGCUGAAGAAGAACAUGAAAAAUACAGCCCCCGCCAGGCCGAGGAGCCACCAGCUUCCAGGUGCUUCCGCUGCUGUGACCCCAGUGCCCCCGUGUACCAGCCGAUCCCAGUGCCGCAGAUCAACAUCACAAUACUGAAAGGUGAGAAAGGCGAUCGAGGAGACCGAGGCCUCCAGGGGAAAUAUGGCAAAACCGGCUCAGUGGGCGCCCGGGGCCACAUGGGCCCCAAAGGGCAGAAAGGCUCGGUGGGGGCCCCCGGGGACCGCUGCAAGAACCACUAUGCGGCCUUCUCGGUGGGCCGGAAGAAACCACUGCACAGCAACGACUACUACCAAACGGUGGUCUUUGACACGGAGUUCGUGAACCUCUACGGCCACUUCAACAUGUUCACCGGCAAGUUCUACUGCUACGUGCCUGGCAUCUACUUCUUCAGCCUCAAUGUGCACACGUGGAACCAGAAGGAGACGUACCUGCACAUCAUGAGGAACGCAGAGGAGGCGGUCAUCCUGUACGCACAGGUGAGCGACCGUAGCAUCAUGCAAAGCCAGAGCCUCAUGCUGGAGCUGCGGGAGCAGGAUGAGGUCUGGGUGCGCCUCUUCAAGGGCGAGCGCGAGAACGCCAUCUUCAGCGACGAGUUCGACACCUACAUCACCUUCAGUGGCUACCUGGUCAAGCACGCCGCUGAGCCCUAGCCGGCUGUGGCCCCCGCUGCCUGCUGGAGCCGCCCUCCCGAGCUCCCACCCAUCCUGCCCCCCACCGGCACCGGCCAGUCCAGCACCUGUCCCCACCGUGGUGUCCCUGUCCCCGCUCUCUGGCUUUGGCAUUCAGCAAGAUGCCCUUCACGGGGAUGGGAAGCAGAAACUGCUGUGUGGUCCAGACCUUGCGACUCCGUGGAGCAUUGUCAAUGGAUGAGAUCAUGGGGCGGGGUGCCUGGGAGGACCAUGGGGACCUCCCGCUCCCCUCUGGGUUCAUAUCCUUAAGUGACCCACGCACCGUGGCAGGAUGCGGAAGCAAGUCCCAGAGCAAAGCUCUCACUCCUGUCCCUGGGUCGCUGGAAGUUGUUAAGCAAAUUCUAAAGGUUAUGAUGGGAGGGAGUGGAGUGGAGUGGAGGGAAAGCAGGCAUUAUUUUUGCCUUCCCGCCCAGCUCUCUGGGCUCCGAGGGAGCUGUUUCCAGUUGAGGUUGCGUGAGGCUCCUUUUAAUCUUAGUGGAAUCUUAGUGGAAGCCGUGGGUGACAGGGAAGGUGGUCAGGGCACAGGGACCCAGGAAUCCACAUCUGGUGUAAUUCCUUCAGGCCAUGUCUGAACCUUCUGGGGCAGCUGGACUAGUGCCGUGACCACUGCCAUCCCUGUGGCCUCACCCCAGAAGGUCUGCCUGAGUCACGACAGUGAGGGGGUUCAGGCUGGGGACACAGACAUCAGCUCCCAAGGGGGAUAGCCAAGACCCCUGCGGUUUACCCCGGGCUGGGAGAUGAGGCCCGCUCGCUCCAGCCAACAGGCUGUGGUGGCAGCUGGGGGUGCCAGGGGCCCCCCUACCUGCAGCUGCUUCUAAGGAACAAAACCAAACCAGUUGCUGUGGAGUUGAUUCCAACUCACGGUUAGCCCAUGUGUGUCAGAGUAGAACUGCACUCCACAGGGUGAACAACGGCUGUGACUUUUUGGCAGUAGGUUGCCAGGCCUUUCUUCUGUGGUGCCUCUCAGUCAGCAGCUGAGCGCCUAGCCAUUUGCACCACCCAGGAAGUCCCAUAAGAACCAAGACCAAAAGCCAGUUCUGACUCACGGAGACCCCAGGUGUGUCAGAGUAGAACCGUGCUCCGGAAUGUUUCCAAUAGCUGAUUUUCAGAAGCAGAUCACCAGGCCUUUCUUCCAAGCCACCCCUGAGUGGAUUUGAACUACCAAUCUUCCAGUUAGUAGCCGAGCACAUUAACUGCUUGUGCUACCCAGGGACCCCGUAAGGAGCAAGAGCCCUCACAAAGCAGAGGCAAGUUCAAGGCCAUCCUGGCACAGUUCUAAUCCACUCCUCAGCGCGGCCUCAGGCCCCAGUUAGGGUCUCCAUUCCUGCCCCCCUCCCACAUCAGCUUUCUGUUCCUCCCCCACAGGGGUCAGACAUGGAGGGCUCCAGGCUUCGGCUUUGUGGCAGCUAUGAUGGUUAGAUAAUGUUGUAGAUGAAGGCACCUCGCCCACCAUCUCAGUGCCUCGUUGCCUGAUGUUUCUCAUCCCCGGCCCAGCAUCCACAGCCCACUGUGCCAUCCAGGCCCCUAGUGCCCUCACCUAGGCCCCUAGUGCCCUCACCUAGGCCCUAAGCGCCCUCACCCAGGCUCCUGGUGCCCUCACCCAGGCUCCUUGACCAGCUGCCUCAGGUAGCACAGGAGCGGCUUUCUCUGGGCCACAGGGUGGGGAGAGCUGGAAGGGCUGGCAGGCUCCACCUCGGCCCGUUUUCAGGGCUCCAGUGGGCUCGGUCCCUGGGACUGGGAUAGAGGGACACAGACCAUCACUGACUGGUGUCAGACAUGCUCUGGAGGGGUGGUGUCAGGAGUUCUGAGUAGGAGCGCUGGGAAUGGGCUGUGCUGCAGUGGGUCCCUGACUUAGGCCUGGCCUCCAGCCCAAGCAGAGGUCUCGCUCAGGGGCAGGGACCCGGCUGGGAUGUAAACCCUCCCACUAGAGAAGCCGGCUGCCGCUGGCAAAGAUGGCCCUCGUUUGGCUGUGUUUCUGGAGCUUUGCUCUAACUUUCACCUCUGGGCUCAUGUACCUGAAUCACCUCAAAGGCAAGCGUCCUUUAGCUCUUCGACGCCACCGCCAUCUAUGAUGGGGUAAAGGGAAGACAAACGUCCAGUCUUCUGCUUUUUUCUGACCUGGGGAUCCACGCAGCCCUCCUUACCCCACCCUAACGCCACCGCCAUCUAUGAUGGGGUAAAGGGAGGACAAAUGUCCAGCCUUCUGCUUUUUUCUGACCUGGAGAUCCACGCAGCCCUCCUUACCCCACAAUAAUGCCAGGGCCCAGUCGCCCGCACUGCCCACUGGGGUCUCUAAGUCCUUGACACUGGACUGCCUUCCUGGAGCCCGGUGGUGCUUUGGUCUUGGCCAAUUCUGGACCCUCCCUGGGUGCCAUGGGCCAGGCCAUGGGCUGGGGCUCACACACCCUCUCUGGGAGGGACUUCCGCGGGCCAGGGUUUAAAUCCCUGUUUCCCGGGCGAGUAUUGAGCAGGCUCCCCGCCCACCACCCUGUUUCCCCCAAUGCUCUUUUCAGAAAACAUUAAACUUGGAAUUGUGUUCCUCAGCA